AUGGCCUCCCAAUUCCUCCGAUCUGCUUGUCGGCCGCUCCUGUUUGCCGUACCGCUAUGCGCUUCCUAUUCGGUGCUACAAACUAGAAUUAGUUCCCCCAUACGCUGCGAUUACGCAUCUGGGCCUUUGCACCCGUCCGUAUCUGAGUUCACCCUCAAGCAUGGAGGCCCAUCAUCUCAGCAGAAAACAUUGUUCGGUGGUUUAAUAACUGCCGAGACCGCCCGUCAGAUCAGCCUCGGCAGUGCGCUUGGGGUCCUCACUGGGCUUGGGCUACGUAUUUUCUUGAGAACCCUGGCGUUUUCUAUUGGCCUUGCUAUUAUAAUCAUUGAGUGGGCCGCAUCCAAAGGAUACGACAUCCUGCCAACCAGCUGGUUGCAGAGGCACAUCAAAUCCGUUGACUUCCGAAAGAUGACGCAUGAAAAUGUCCCUUUCAAAGCUAGCUUUGGAACAACUCUGGCGAUGGCUGCCUUUGGUGAACUUUAG